CCUUCAAAGCUCAAACAAAAUUCCAUUAAUUUCACCUUUCUCUAGCUCCGUAUAUCUCGUAGUUCUAAGUCGGUGGCAAGCUUGAGAAUACAAGUCCAUUUAAGGCCAGCGUCUUCUAUCUUCAGAGUUUCCUAUUCUAUUCAAAUCGUAGUUGUGAUUCAGGUAGUCAGUACACGAAAAAUGGACAUAAUUUCUCAAUUGCAAGAGCAAGUGGAUUUAAUUGCUUCACUUGCAUUUAAUACUAUUGGGACGCUGCAAAGAGAUGCUCCUCCAGUGCGUCUCUCUCCAGAAUACCCUGAACCACCAGCUAACCCUUCCGAUGAUUUUGCAGAGCAACCUAAGUUGAUGAGUUCUGCACUUGUAAAGGCUGCUAAGCAGUUUGAUGCUUUGGUGGCUGCACUUCCAUUGGCCGAGGGAGGUGAAGAAGUGCAACUCAAAAGGAUUGCAGAGCUGCAGGCUGAAAAUGAUGCAGUAGGCCGGGAAUUCCAAAGGCAACUGGAAGCUGCGGAGAAAGAAUUGAAGCAGGUCCAGGAGCUAUUUAGCCAAGCAACAGACAAUUGCCUGAACUUGAAGAAGCCAGAUUAAUCAAUUAUGGUGCACUGCAAUUCCUAUUUCUUAAGGUGGCAAGUGUGGAGCUUGGGUUGGUCCAGAUGGAGAAUUCCAAUUUGGAAAAUUUGUCGAAGUAUUUUUCCCCUUAGUUGGGAGGCUGCAUAUGUUGUCAUUUGUGGCUUAGGCAGAUGUAGUGCCUUGUGUGUUAGAAGUAGUGUACCCGCAGAUCAUGUUUUACCACCCUUCUGUGGACUUAGGAUUGCAUACUCAGAUUAAUUAUUAGACAAGUUCAAAGACGUGAAAAUUUGGCUAUUUGCAGUGUUCCGCUUGUUGCUC